UAGUGAUACAUUUGAAGUCAAUUAGCUAUGAAAGGCUUUCCCAAUUCCAGAGAAAAACCUUUUUCAUUAGGUGCUGUGAAAUUUGGAGAUGAACUUGACAGUACUGAAUGCACACACUUAAUCAAGUCUCUUGCAUAUUGUAAGCUUCCAUUUCAAUGUGCACAUGGCCGGCCCUCGCUGACUCCGUUAGUGGAUUUUAGCCAUCUUCAGAGUAACUGUGAUAAGCAGACGUCAAAGCCACAGUUGUGGAAGAUUAAGAAGAAACUAGAGUCGAGACAGCAACAAAUAGAAAACAAAUAUGAUAGUGUAUUUCCUAAUAGCACUGUUUAAAUGCUCAUUGUGCUUCUGUGAAAGUUAUACAGAAAAUUAUGUUAUUCUAUUAAUGUGUAUAAUGAGAUAUAUUUAUUUUAUAAAAAAUUAGAUUUUUUGGAAAAUUCCAGAUAAGAAAACUUAUAUGCAUCACAUAAAUGAAAGUUUUAUAAAGUUUGAAGUGGUAAAUGACCAAACUGUGAGAGAUAAGAGAAUAAGUCGUAUAGCUCGUAUUUUGUAAAAUACUUGUAAUUUGAUCUCUGAAAUCUAUGAACCAUCCAGCAUCUUUGAAAAUUCCUUCCUUUCAUUUCAAUCAAUGUAUAAAAUUCAAUUUUACUGCAGUGUGUGUGAUAUACAGUUGCGAAAAACUAAUUAAGGUAAACCAGAAUUAUGAAAUUUUAUUGUACUAUGUAAAGAUUGGUUUAUCAAGUUCUUCCUUUUUAUCUUUCAAUAAAAGUAAAUAAGACUU